CAAUUUCAAUUGCGUCAGACACACCACCCGAUACAAUUUUUCCACAUGCUCAUGUUUCUGUUUGUUGGUCAUGGUUUGAGAAUCGGGUGCUAAUACAUGUCGCACUGAAAGAGAACGAAGGUAAGUAAGUAUCGAACUUCUACUGCGCGUUUUUGUUUGUUUCGAUCAGAAAACUAGCCGUGUUCUCGAAGGAGACGGGCUCGACGAGGAGCAAGAUGUCUCAACAAAGUGCCUUGGUCUGGAGGUGAGGCCCGACAGGACCACAUCAGCUGCAGUCACCCGCGGCACUCUUGCGGGGACAAGUAGAAGACUGGAGAAAGCGUUAGCGAGGGCGCAUCAAGCUUAUUUCGGAGGAACGUCCGACAAAUUCGCAGUUCCUACUAACUUCAACUUGCACGACAACCUGCCUCACAUUACGGCUCGUCUGACGUUGUAGACCUAAGAGGUAGAAGCUACUUCAACUGCCCAGCAUGCCGGCGGACACGGAGGCUCCGACAAAGGAGAACCCAUACAACGGGGUCUGGAUCGAACUGGAAAGGUGUUUCGAUUGUCACACGCACGAGUACUGCACGCGACACGACGAGAAGAAAUAUGACCACUACGAGAAACAAAUAUCUGAAUCACUCGACGGAAAAGUACCCGCAGGGAUGCCCUACAAGGUAUAAUUUCAGUUUUUUUUCCAAUUUCACGACCUACUUUCAUCUUUCAACUCGAACUAUGUAUUGUAGUUAAUUCAUGUUGACACAGACCGGUGAAGACGAAGAACAAAUUUGAAAAUAUCCAAAUUUGCCAGUUCGUCAAAAACCCGGGGCCAAAGAGUCAUGGCGUGAACUGCAAAAGGAGCGAAUACAAUCCAUUUCUGUACGCAGCGUACAGCCUCAACGAAAAUACGGGAAAGUGGUACCAGACACAAGUCUUCAGGUAAGCUCUUGUACUUGCGUUCUGUUUGAAUCCAAAAAAAAAAAUAUAAACAGCUAUAGCAUAAUUGCAUUUCUAGGACCAACAUGAGCAUGGAUUUGUACGUCCUAGGUAGAAGGUCCUCCUUGUUCGAGGAACGAAACUGCGAUGAUCAUGAAUGAAAAUCCUUCGAGUGACAACUAAUUGCUUUCCGCAGGUAUCCCCGCAUUGGCGCAUUCGAAAUUUUCGUGAACAAAGGCAAGAACAGACGGGAAGUCUUUUCGAAACUCAAGAAGGGCAAGUGGCCAAAUCCUGACUUUGCGGUCGAUAAAAUUUUGGAAACGGUCGAGCAGAUGGGCGGAUGGCAUCCAGUAGCAGAAGUGCCAAAACCGAAGAAGAAGUACAGUUUUUUUUGUGAUCAUCGCAUUAAUUUGGUGUACUAUCACGCAUGAAAAAUUGAAUUGAAAAAUGACGUCGAAACGUACCGAAAUUUUUCAAAAAUGUUGCAGUUCAUUCUUGACUUAGAUGUGCAAUCUACUUUUCUACGACGACACACCACAGAUAUAAGGGUAUUGGCGGCAAGAUGUCGAUCACGGAUGAGGAGUUGCGAGCGUUGAUGAAGAAAAAAUUCGCAACACUGAUGACCGCCUUCAAGUCCUUCGACAAGAACGGCGACGGACAGGUAAACCGCAAGGAAUUCGGCGUCGGCUUGAAACACGUGGGCGUCGAUUUGCCACCGGCAAUAGUCGACCGCAUCUGGAAGAUGGCGGACACCGACGGAACGGGGGCGCUUGCCUACCAGGAAUUCGCGAGGAAAUUCGCCGCUUACAAGGUGCUAAUCUUAAUCUAAUGGAGUAAGCAAGUAGAGUCAGAGUACUUUUUUGCGGCACGAGAGUUUACUACAUGGAUGUGUUGCACUUUCACAGCUUCACUUCUGCAAGAUGAAGGCCACUGGUUGUUUGCACUUGUGGAUAAGCUGUUUUUAUUAACACGACCUCUAAUACGGUAACGGCAACCCUAACGUAACCUACCUAUGAAAUGACUUCCAGGCAACCGCCUCGUUGCAUCGCGACGUCGCAUUUAAGACGAAAGAGGACGAACUCGCGGAGAAACUCCACGGCUCCGGGGCGGGCAGAAGGCAAACGAAGCAUUCGGUGUCAAGAACACAGACCCAACUUAACUUCGAAAUGGACAAGGACGAGGUAAGAUUUUUGAACAUUGUUCGUAGUUUUUCUUCUACCUCCUGCUACAGGAACAGCUUUUUCUGACUUGGCGGAUAGGCUAGAAGACGAUCAUGUGCAUUCGUCCCUACAACUAGCACGCUAGUUGCAAAAAAUUUUGAAUUUAUCGAAAUAUACGGCAAGAACAACCACACCAAUGCUAAAAUGCAACAGUUUAACGAGAACCAAGACGAGCCGGAUGAGAUGACGGUGCCCAUGAUAGCAAGAGGCGGCGACCUCAGUUCCAGAGACAUCGAAACUAUGACCGGCGACGAGAUUCGAGCGCUGUGCUUGCAGAAACACGGCAAUCUGCUCGUUGCGUUCCGGCAGAUGGCAGUAAACAGCAGCGACUUCAAGGUAAGUAGAUGAUGAAGAGCCCAUAAAUAGUACAGCAGCUUUGGUACUUGAACUUGAUUUCUAUCUAUUCUGAGGGGACCACGGAGGAUCGAAAUGAUCCAGUGUCAAUCAAACAAAUCGUGGACGAAUGACGAACAGAAACAGUAAAAAGACUCUCAUCAUCAUUUCAAGGUUUCCUACGGUGAUUUCAUGGAGAGGUUUCCGUCGUUGGUCGGAAAACAAGUCUCGGCUUUGAAGAUGAACCAGCUGUGGCAGACCAUGGAUGCCGACAUGAGCGGUUUCAUCGACAUGAAAGAAUGGGCGUCGAAUCAGUGUCUGGAUAAGACGUCGCAAACCGUCCUGAUCAUGAAAGGUGAGGCUGCACGACAUUGAUUUUUUUUUUCGUGUGUCUUCUCUCGAUAUUUUUUCAAAUUGCACCAGGACGAGGACGCGGUCAUCCACACCGGACUAGCUCUAGGUUCUUAAAAAACGCUGGAAGAAGAGUUAUAACGAUAGAAAAUAGGCCCAGAGGCAGAAGAGAACUAGAACUAGAAAACAGCGAAAACAAAAACACAGAAACAGGUCGGAGAAAGGCGAGCACUGGCCAAAACAGUGACCGAAGCUGCGUUGUUCGUUGUCUCGCCCGUGUCCAGCAUAUGCUCCCAAAAAUAUUUCUCUUGCAGAUCGCAAAAUCAUGUGCGAUCUAAAGCGGGUUGAUCCAGUUUCUAAUAACCAAUCAGAGAGUAGGACAAGUUCUAGGUCACUGCGGAGGGACUCUAGAUCCUCUGCAGCGGGCGGCACGCGACGGGUAACUCUACCUCGGGCGUCCUCACAACUAACCGUCGCAGUGGCUCACUUCUUCCUACCGCAGUGGCGAAUAAGUCCCCUCAGGGGCAACCUGACAUCUCUUGGCCACGGCGGCUUCGGCUGCCCACCCUUGGGUAGUCAGAACGUCACAAAACUAAGACCCAGAGGCAGAUCGCAACAAAAUCAACACGUCCCACAGAGCCACUGUUAUGAAGCAGCGAAGACGACAAAGGACACUCGUGAGCAGACCUGCUGAGGGGGUCGCAUACCAGCCGAAAGAGACAACCGGCUACAGCUAUCUGGAAAGUUGAAGCGUUACAAACCAUCGGCAGGCAGCACCUAGUCCCAGCGAAAAUCUUUCCUAUGGUUAGCUUACACAGAGAGAGUAGCUUAGUAGUUAGAAGCUGACUGUAGAGUUUAUUCCUCCUCCUCCUCCUCUAGGUAUAUCAUUUGGACAAAUCUAAUCCACAGGUCAAGCCGCCUACGAGUCCCAAGACAGCGGAAUCAUGGGUUUGAGCACCCGCCCGCAGUCCGCCUCCACGGCGACCGGCCGCCCCCAGUCCGCGGCCUCUGGGCACUCGACGCAGGCAACGCACAUGAUCACGCCGGCGGAUGAAACCGAGGAGUUGUACUAGAAAAGGUAUGUGAUAUGCAACUGCAACUUUCUCUGAGCAGAACCAGAAGGUAAAAAAUACUGCAGGAACAAAUGCAAAAAUUGAAACUAAAGCUAAGCUACUUCUACGAAAAAAAUUUGGAGUCGAGAAAGGAGCACAAGCACAGCUACCAGAAAGGACCGUUUCCAAAUGUUUAAACUCUUCCACGAGAAGAAAUGAACUCCUAUCCGUUAUUCUUCUUACUAGCAAAAUGAACGUCGACUGACUGACUUUAGCAGAUUGAAACAACUAUUAGUUCUCGAUUAGCUAUCAGACAAAAGAAAUCAAAAACCAGCAGACAUGAUUCAUCGGUUUUCGGUAAGGGUCUCAGCAAAAAUGAUUCAUCGCUUCGCAUUUCAACUAUCGAAGUUUUGCAAGCGGCGCAAUUGUGCUGCAGAAAGUAAGACUGACAGAUUGAUAUAGCAGCUACGGAAACAAGUUAUGUUAAUGUUUACAGCAGUACCUGAAAAUGUUGUCUCUCUAACUCUAUCUUCGCGACAUUUCUGUCCAAAUCCAAAUGAACUCAUUGUAUAAUCACCCUUAUUCUUCUCUCUCUAAACUAGGUCUACUUCUACCACAGUUUCACUACGAGAGGUUCUUCGGAAGUUUCUCUGAUGAACUUGUCUUUAGUUUUGCGUCGUAUUUCACGACGACGUACACUAGCCAGGCGACCCUCGUAAAAAAAGACAGCACGCACCACAAGCAACAGAGACAAGUUUAGUGCUUCUGCUAGAACUUAGCUGAACAGGCUGUCUCCGAUGAACUCUAUGUUUUAUCGUCCCUCUAAAAUAAGUUUUGCAGCUGACUACCCCUGUGGGCUUGUACAAUUCAAGACUAGCGAUAGUACAACAAAUUGCCGCGAACAACUUGCAACUGUGCAAGAUGAACUUGUACACCACGACGUGACGAGACGAUAUUGAGACGGACUGCAGCAGACAAUGCAAGAUUGGUAGGCAUUACCUCUGAAUUCGAAAAAAAAUCGAACUUGUUCCGGUUGAGACGCGAAUCUCUUUGUACGUUGCGUGUGGCUGUAUACUUUUUGACAGCGUCAUUGAGAAAGGGGAACAAACGAAUGCUAGUUCGACACCGCGAUCUGGAAUUGAGUAAAGGAAAAUCAGCAUAGAACGGAGAUGCGUCAAUGACCUUGCUUAGAAAGAAUCACGAUCAGCGGCCUCCUUGGGGAGGCGCCGCGUCAGUCAGAUCAUCUGUUGCAUACGCAUGCAGAAGCGCUUCGGUCGUGCCAAAAUGGAGACGGAAAAUUGGCCUUCAUCUCGUGGUAUUGACAGGCAGCGCGAGCUGUUCACUCGUCACGUUCGCGAAAGGGGGUCUGCAAGAGCUACAAGCGCUCGACCUCGAACCGGACCCCCACUUGCACCCGCCCAGAAGCGUGACGAGUUCCGUGCACGGUGCAGAGGCCGCGAAGAUUUGGUCGCCCAGGACGCUCGUCGAACCCGCUCCAGAAGUGCAAGUGGACACUUUCUCAGAGAGACAAACAGCAGAGGAGUCAUUUUCGCUCGUUCGCGAUUUUGGCAAAGUCGACUUUCUCGCCCAGGAUUUCCACGACAGAGAGGUUCAGGCGUACUUCGCACCGCUGGCCGGGGGGUUUGUCGCGCUGGCGAAGAGAUUCGUGAUGUACAGGGUGAUGCACGUGGUGCCGCCGGUUACGCGGGAAGAUGAGGACAGGUUCACUUCCGGCGGUGGCGUCGGCAAGUCCGAGUUUAUGCACAACGAGAGCCUGGGGCUCACGAAACUGGUUGAGCACGCCGUCGAGUACUUGGAGAACAACGUGGUUUCGAAGUUUCUGCAAUCGGUGCCAAGUACUUCUACGAAGAUUUUUGCAAAAACGUCAGCAACGACACGGACCAGUUCGACAACGGCUUCAAAUCGUGAAGAUGAGCGCCACGGGCCACCUGCCGCCGCCGACGACUACCUUCCAAGCGAGAGCACGAUCAGAGAGACCCUGGCAGCAAUUCAGAAAAUCCUGCAGUUUCGGCAGAGCGGUCAAACUGACGAAGCAAAAUUAAGCUCUUUGACGGCGAGACUGCGUGGGCAUCUUGCAAAAUUUGAAACGAUGGCUUGGGUGUCCGAGGACCUCGCAUUCGCGGAUUUCUACCUGUUCAAGGUUGCGUCUUUGUUCGACCGACUAGCCGCAAAAGUCCUCUACAGCAUGCAAGAAGCGGUCAAGUCGUACGAAAAGCUGUACUGCACGGAGAAGCUCCGCUUCACAAACCCCUUUCUCGCCGACAGGUUCGCGAAGGACAUAACGCACGGAAUUUUUGUCAGACUCGGACGUGCGGGCGAGGAGAUAGCGCAGGCGCCGUCGUACAGUGCGGAGGAUGCGGAUGCGAGGAAAAUGCAGGCACGUGCAGCGGUUCAUGGGCUCAAGGAUCAGAUGGUUUCGGCUCUGAAGGAAGAUUUGCUGCUGGCUGAUUUCAGCUUGCGAAAAAACAAAGUUCUUCCUGACCACUUUUCGCUGGAUCUGCGAUUUUGUCCGCGCAGCGAGCUGCUCUUCCGCGGCUUUUUGCGCCAAGCAGCUGAAAUGUGGGCGUCGUCGUUGACGGAUGUUAUGGAUAUGGUGGACGCGAUGUUGGGAGAGGUCGAAAAACUGCAAGCCGCGUGGGUGAAGGCUUUCGCGAUUAAUGCGGAAGACGGAGCUGCUUCGUCGGCCACACAGUCUCCAGACACAAGUAAAACAGGUUCGACCACCAGCAGCACCAGCACGACGAGACGGCUUUUCACAGAGGGAGCGUUGACGCCGUACUUCGCAAACUUCGACGAAGAAGCGGGCGGGCAGGUCGUACAAGAAGAUUUCGAAGAGUUUUCGGAUUUCCUUGACCCGGGCAGCACGGACAACAAGGCAACAAAAAUCAUCGCUACCGCCGUGCUUUCCAAGAGCAGACUCCUUAUUCCGUCGUCGAGCGAUGCGCAAAACUUCAAGUUUUCCAACGCAGCACCACGACCGAAAGCCCACGAGCGUGGGUUGCUUGCGGUCCGGGACCUGCGUUCCGAUGUGGUCCCCAGCAUCGACGGAGCGGAGGUCGAAGAACUUGCGUUUGAGAAGAAAUCGAAGCGCAUUCUCGCUGCGUUUCUGCGGCUGACGAAAACACGCAUUGUGUUGGAAAACGCCGAUCGCCAGAAAAAACACCUGCAGUUUUUGAAGCGAAUGGCCAACCGCAUUGCAGAUUCCCUUUUGCGCAGCAACUGCCUCGGCGCCACUUUCGCUCGGCUUGUCGCCGUUCCCGACGUGCAUCCCGAGUACACGAAGCGCGCCGCAGCGGACGAAAACGACGCAACAUUCGUUUCUGAGGACGAAAUUGCCUUUCGCAACGCGACCGACCUGGCUCGGACGAAGCUGGAUAUCCUCGAGUGGCGGGCGCUGCAUUCGUUCUUCACGAUGGUGAAACAGUCUAACGUGCGGCACUUACGCGAAGGAAAGUCGCCGAUCUCUUUCGCGCAGAACGGCCAAUCGCCGCACGAGUACACAAGGCAGUGGCUCGGUGUGGAGUACGACCAUCGGGAGCUGGGUAUCGAGAAAAGCUUCCACGGCGCAUUGCUACUCGGCCGAAUCACAGCGGACCACGAGCACAUUCCGGUGUACGAGCCGAACAACGGCUUCAUGUCGCCUACCAUGCAGGAAGCGAUGCUCCGCAAGGGACACAAGUUCAAUCCGUUUUUGGACUUUGUCGCGACACCGAACAUGCUCGGCUUGUCCACGCCUUCCAAGGAUGCCUCUUCCGCGGACAAAUUCUGGGCCUCGUCGCCGAACGUCCGGAACGAGCGCGGGCACCGAAUAUCACCGAGGAUCGACAUCCGCGCACGGGAGUUUCCACGCUGGUUUUCGGGCUUGCAGGGUUUGUUUGUCAACGGGACGGAAGCUCCGAUCCCGCGCUCCGACCCGUUUAUGAUGGCUCCGCCGCAGGACGAAAUUCUCCCGGUGGACGACAGCUUUCUGCAAACCGUCACGCCUCUCAGCAACCUUGAGGUCAGAAUGCAGUGCAGCUACCCGCUACUCCGCGUACCGUCCUGCUUGUUGGAGAAAGAUCGGCUGCGCUACUUCGGGGACCUAGUACGCAGCCACACGUGGCACGAAGUUUUGCAGCAGGCUGCACGCGCGCGUUGGGAUGUGAGUCUUGCGCGCUUUUUUGGAAACGACAACGAGUUGCGUGUUGGCGCGAAGACAAAACACAAGUUUUUGGGUUUCGCAUUGCAGCAGGGAAUCCGGAAAGACUUUCCGGAAAUCGUGGAGAGACUCACAGCAGAAAAAGACGGUCGUGAGAAUGAGAAACAAGACACAGAGCGCAUAUCUCUCCUUGCGAGUCUGGACGCGUACCAGAAAGCAGCCAGUCGUGAGCUGAUGCAGUUCGAAUUUCACGACGACACGUGCAUCACACACUACGACUGGGUGGUGUUUCUGUUGCGGAAGCUCGUCGCGAAACGGCAGGGCCAGACAGGCAAGGGAGGAGGACAUCAUGCGCAAGAUGAAAAGCUCCAGACCAUCAGCAUCGGGGUUUUCCUCGCGGCGGUCGAGACACGAGUUCUGCAGGACCCGCUACUCCAAGACAAGAUCUUCUUCCACCUAGUCGAUCCGUGGCCGGAGGGACAGCGGAACAUUCCCGGCCUGCAGGACUGGCGCACGUCAACCACUGAGGAGCUUGGCGUGGACGCGUGCCGGGGAGAUGCGGCCUGUGCGGCACUCGUUGUGCAGGAGAUCAGGAAGAAAGUGGCACUGCUGCCGUCAGAGAUACAGGCUGGGAACAUACGCACUGAUGCUGAAAAGCAGGGAUUCGCAUGGGAAAAGUGCGAGAACAAAAAAGAGGACAGCCGUCAGAUCAUCUCAUCUGGCGUGUCUCAGAUGAACACGAUUUCAAACAGCCGGAUCCUUGAUUAUUGCAACUAUGUCCGAGACUACCGGGUGGACACACUUUUGCACAACACGAACGCCAAUGGUCUGGACCACUCGACGGAAGAUUGGUGCAUCGCACAAGGCCUUUCGACCACGGCAGCACCCGGCGCGCCGGUUGAGUCGUCACCUUGUCAUCAAAGAAUGAAGCCGGUAGCUGCAGCGGAGGAAAUGAACCAGGAGAGUAAAAAUGCAGAACAAAAAAUAGUAGAAAAAAUCACCAUCGGCCAGGAGAAGCUCGUCUCCUCCCGUGGUGACCCGCUCCAUUUUCAAGUGUUGCAGGAGUACGCCCAGGAUGUUCACCAGCAUUUUGCGGAUAACUCGGCCGAUUUCAUUUUUGUAGAUGGCGAUCACAGCGAGGCCGGCGUGCGCAGCGACUUGGAAUACUACUUCUGGAAGGUCAAGAAACCUGGUGGCAUUCUCGCGGGUCACGAUCUGGGGCUCUUCACCUUUCCCGGCAUGGCGCACGGAGUUUUGGGCUUCUUCCACGAGCUCCUGAAUGGGUACUGUGGCGUCCUGGCUCUCGAACAAGAUAAGGAGGACGCAGAAGCGCGGAACUCCGAUGUAGUCCGUCGCGAUAAAAAUAGUACACAAGAUUUACAUUCUUUCCGCCGAUACUGCAAUACCGGGCUCACCAUGCAUGUUGUGAGCGACUACGUGUACUGGGUUCAGUUCUGAAAAAUUUUUCUGUACUGACCUUGCUGCAUGUCCAUGUGCACGUUUCCGUUUAGAACUUGUUCGUGAGGCUGCGGCUGCCGAUGUUCUUAUGCUGUUGCUGCCUACAAAACAAAGACAGUAAGAGCAAGAAACUGAAACGACGCACCUACACAGAUAUAGAAACGAUGGAAGGAGGACCUACGCCUGGAAAGCGUGGCGCCGCUUUUCUUUUGGAUAGAAGAAAAAAAUGAAACAGGCGGAGAAUCUCGUGAAAUGAAGAAGAUAACUCGAGGUAGAUUACUGUUCGAUGAUUUCUUGUUAGACGUGCCGGUUGCGACUGCGAGCGCGACAUUGGACCACCUGCUGUAUCAUCAACAAAGCAAAAAGUUUAGUUAAUGCUCAUUUUUGAAAUGCGAUGCACACAAAGAUAGGAUAUAAUUUUCAACCAGGAGUAGAAAGACACGUGGCGGCGACAAGAGCAUUCAUUCUACUGCGUCCCACAACUUGAUUUUUGAAGUUGAUGAUUCUACUGCGUCCCACACGCACACGAAUCUCAAACUGCUACUACUACAAUACAACACUUUGCUCGACGAGUGACAACCUGAAACCGAUUUGAUACAAAUAGAGAUCUCCUUCACGACCAUGCCGUCUACGCCUGCAAGGGAGACACCACAAGCUCCGGGCUUGCUAAACAAGCCCAGCAGCGGAGCUGUACCCGCGGCGGGAGGAUCAUCGUCCUCUUCUUCCGCGCUAGCGCCGAACAACAAUUUGAAGCCAGCGGCAAAGAAGAGGCAAAUGCAGCAGCUCGCCAUGCCGAAGAAGAUACAAAACCCGGUGGCAGACGUCGUGAUAGGGUACGGACCGAGGAUAACGGCCAAUCCUGCGGACCAACAGGUUGGACAAAUGGCAAAAGACAUGAUAGCGGCAUACGUGGGUAUGGAGGUGGUACGCGGUCCCGAUUGGAUUUGGGGAGAUCAAGACCGGGAGUCGCCAGGUGCGUGAUAAUCAUGAAGUAGGCCUCAAAUGCAAUCUCUACACUUUAUUUUGUACCCAAGUACUAGUGGAAUUGGAAACCUGUGGCGUUCCAGUGGUUUGCUUUAUGAGCAUGCAAGAAGGUGGUGAUGAACACAACAAAGACAAACUACGACUACCUGUGGUGCCUUGAUUUACUUUUAGCUUGCCUUAAGUAGAAAACACACAUCAAAAAUUUGAUUUUUACCUGGUAACUCCCCGAGCUUGGCCGUUCACUACUAAAACGGGCGGUGUUUCGUCAAGCUCUGGUGGCGACUAGUUGAGACACUGGUUGCCAGCUAUUUACAAACAGGAACAUAGUUAGUAUGACAAACAGUUACUCGCUCGCCUGAAGAAGCGAGCACACAAUUGAUUUUUCACUGGAGCAAAACUCAUCUCACAGAUCAGAUUGGCAAGAUCAUCGAGUUUGCGGAAGAAGAAGGCUGGGUACGCGUGAAAUUCGGCACCUGCGUGCGGAAUUAUCGAGCUGGCUUCGCAAAGAAAGUGGGGCUGGGAAGGAGAUAUGUAUGCUGGCAAAAAUUUUCUGCAGUCGCUGUCAAGUUGGAGUUGCAAGUUUUCUGAUACUUUGUUUUGCAUCCACGUGCACGACGUCAAUGUCGCUGCGUUCCGGCAUAUCUGGUUUCGGCGUUCGAAAAAGGAAAAAAUUGAAGCAUCUGGUGUCUCGUGACUGUUGAAAAUUUUUCUACGAUAAUUUGAUCUGCGGAUAGCCAUUCGGAAUACUGGGAUACUCGCAGCGACAGGCG